AUGGAAUCUGAUGAUCAUGUUUUGAAUGCAUUAUAUAAAUUGGCUAUUAAAAAGCUAUUGAUAAAGAUGAUUCAAGAUUUUGGUCAAACAACAUUUGCAGAUUUUAUUAGUAAGCUUUGAUUGAUUAUAAAAGUUAAGUAGGUUUGACAGUUGAAAUCCUAAAAAAAUUAACAGAAAAAUAAGAAAAGAUUGAAUUAGAGUUAUCUAAAUAAGAUAUACAAACAAUUACUAUAAUAAUUCAAAAUUAUCGAGCAAAAAGACUUGACAUAGGAAGAGUAUUCAAAUUCUCUGAUAAAAACAGAGAUCUAGCCUUAGAAGAAAGAGAAUCAAAAGAACUAAUUGAGUUUUUUCACACUUCAAUUACGCCUUAAGAAUAUUUAUCUCUUAAAAAAUAGAUUGGAAAUAUAAAAUUUUCUUGUGAUCAUUUGAGAUAAUUAUUUCAAUAGUGGGAAUAAAUUGUUGAUAAUUUAAAUAAAAAUCCUUAAUAACAAUAAGUUAAAUAUACAAUAAGAUCAUAAAUAGAAGAAAAGAAAUAAAAAGAGGAAGUUGUACAUCAACCAGUUCCUGUUGAAGAUGUAGAACAAUAGGAAGUAAAAAUGAUGAAGUUGAUUUUGCUGAUUUCUUAAAUAUAGAUUUACAUAUAAUAGGAGCUAAAGAAUUAGUACAAAUAAGAGAGGAAUUAAGAAAAUGAAAAUAACUAUUUAUUGAUAAAGAGUUUCCAGCAUCAGUAAGAAGUUUAGGAAUGAAA